AUACCAUAGGGUCAACUAAACUCUGGUUGCCAUCGCGCAAAUCGGUCGAGAGCCAUCGCGGCGGCUUGUCAAGGGUUUUGUCAGGCCAUUGUCUGUCUUUGAGUUGAAGAGCAGGAAACUUCUUGUAUUUCUUCGAGGGGUCCUUGAGCCUUUCGCUCGAAACAUUAGCUAUUCUGGCCUCGGGUGGACAAGGCGCAAAGGCAUUCUUACAUGGGCAUCUUCAAUGGUGGGGUUGAAAAGGAAUUUUAUCCGCAGGAACAAAACUUGCUUUGGGGGUUCGAGGCCAGGUACCAGGUUGACUGCAACAAAUGAUGGGAGAGUCAAACAAUUGUGAGCCAAAGAUUGGUUGGCGAAGUCUUGGAAAAAUUUGUUUGUUGUUUUCUGAGUCACGAUCGCUCUCUGAAAGAUUAAUCACGCCUUCCACCGCCAUCUCAAUGGCGGGGUGGAUGGAAGGCGUUUUAGCGGCGUUGCAGUAUCAUGGGUCUGAUCAACCGCAGGAACCGCCAUUGGGGACAUCUUACCUCGUCACGAGAGGGGCGUCAUUCAUGAAUGCCUUUGCGGUAAUCCGGCUAUACAGUAUAUACUCUCUAUGGCAGAAAUGGCUAUGGAUCCCUCGCAAGAUCGGCAGCAUCUUUUGCAUAGUAGAGCCCGGAAACCCUGAACUGGAACCACACAGCAGCCGCCCAGCCUCGGCAUCCAAAUCUGGGCAUCCGCAUAUUUGGUGUCAACACCUCAUUGGCAGCAGACACGGAACGAGCCACUGCAUGACAUCUCAUAAUGCUUCACCACGGCAGGGAGGGACGGUCACGUUUCAAUAAUGGUAAAAGUCUGGGAAAAGUCUUCUAUUCUAACACACUCUUCUAUAGACUCCAACCCAAUGCAGUAACUCGUUAAUGCAGAUCUACAAACCCCCGGACGCCUCAAAGUGCUCAAUAUGUGCAUGGAACAAACCCUCAGGUCGCCGAU